AUGGCGGAAACGCACGAAGAUGACGUGCCCAGACCCAACUGCGUACUGUGUGAAGUCACUCUCGAUGCCGUCAAAAGUUUCAUACGCCAUCUCACUGAGGAACCCUGCCAUGGUAGCCUUCGUCUGAAAUGCGGACACAGCACUUGCUUUUUCAAGCCUCAUGACCAGAACGAAGAAACUCAGCAUGACGAAGAUCACACGCUCACUCCUGGAAGGCAGCCGCAGAUAAACAAUUGCCUUUCCGACAAGAUCGAAGCGACCAAUUUCAACGAGGACAGAUAUGGAUCUUCCGCCUCCGAAGGCAGCGCAAGCCGUCUCCUGUGCUCUCAGUCCAUUCAGAACGAUGAACUCGCCCUCGCAGAACAUCUACGAUCCAUCAGAGAUAAUUCAGUCGCCCUGGUCGAGUUACUCAAAUCUGAUUAUCUGGGGAUUCAACUUGACAUAGAACCUUUCGUGGCCGCGCUCGAGAGUGGCCGAUCCAAGCCGCUCGGAUGCUUUCGAAAGGACACCAGUAUACCUCAGUUGUUCGAUCUCGAAACUGCCGAGCCCGAUCUUGACCCGGACGAUGUGUCAGGCGCCGCAAUUACAGACCUUGGUAGAAGCACCAUCUACCAAGGGCAUAACAACAGGGCGCCCAUACCGUACCAGGAGAAAUAUAUCACGGACUUUAUCGGCUGGAACUGUGAGGGUCUCCCUAAGUAUGCGAUAAACAUACCUCUGCCUCAAUUCUCGCUGCACCCACCACCAGAAGUAGCAGCGAGGUACCAUGUGCACGAGUCCCCGAGCACGAAUCUUUAUGCAGUCUCUGCAGACAUCUGCAUGAAGGGGGCAGUAGUUGACAUUCGCGAAGAUAGAGGCACCUUGGGCAUUACCGCCAUGGACAACCACCAGAUGAAGCUGUGGGUUCUUUAUCCAGCACAGGGCAAUCGACAUGUGUUCGAAAAGGAGAGCGCAGUCGGUCAGCGAUUCGCUCGAUGCGAAAAGGCGCUGAUUAAUGGACGAUUCGUGGUUACACUACCUGGUGAGAUUAUCAUAUUGCCUCCAGGAUGGCUCUAUGCGACGCUGACCAUCAAUCGUGGCGUUCUGUUCGGGUCUACCAUGACCGUCGCCGAGGGCGUGUCUGCAGCUGCACAGAGCUACAAGCACGACGUUGCAGAGUUGCUAUCAGUCAAUCAGUCAGUU